GCCACGUCUGCGUGGUGCUGGGGAGGGGCAGGAGGGAGGGAUGAGCCAAGGGUGGAUGUGGCUCCCUCCUCUUCCCCCAGCACCACCCACCUCUGCAGGGGGCUGGAGCCCCUGGGGAGCCCGAAGUCUGAUUCAGUUACAGCGAAACCUGCCUUAAGUGCCCUGCAAAACUCAGCGCCUGGCCGCAGCGGUGUGCAAGUAAAGACCGAAUCCUCUCGUGCUGACAAUAUUGGGGGCACUUUAAGGCGGCUGCGAAAGGCACUGAAUGUAACUGACCCAGGAGAAGGAGAGGUGAGGGUCCUUGCUCCAGGCUCCCAACUGUAUAAAACUCCUUUACGCAGCCGUCAUCCAGAUUUUUUUUUUCUUUUUGAGAAAAUAGCCCUUGCUGUGACUCAAGGAUGAGGGUUGCAUUUUGGGCUCCCCUUUUCUGUGUGGUUGUUACCUGUGUGACUGGGGCUCUGAUCCCAGAAGCAGAAGUGAAGAUUGAGGUGCUCCAGAAGCCAUUCAUCUGUCAGAGGAAAACCAAAUGGGGGGAUAUGAUGUUGGUGCAUUAUGAAGGCUACUUGGAAAAAGAUGGUUCAAUGUUUCACUCCACCCACAAGCAUAACAAUGGUCAACCUACGUGGUUUACACUUGGCAUAAAGGAAGCCAUUAAAGGCUGGGACAAAGGUUUGAAGGAUAUGUGUGUAGGAGAAAAGCGGCAACUAACUAUUCCUCCAUCCCUUGCUUACGGAAAAGAAGGGAAAGGAAAAAUUCCACCUGAGAGCACGCUGAUAUUCAACAUUGACCUUCUAGAAAUUAGAAGUGGACCGAGAUCUCAUGAGUCAUUCCAACAGAUGGAUCUUAAUGAUGACUGGAAGCUAUCCAAGGAUGAGGUGAAAACCUAUUUGAAGAAGGAAUUUGAAAAGCAUGGGGCACCAGUAAAUGACAGCUAUCAUGACGUUUUGGCUGAGGACAUAUUUGAUAAAGAAGAUGAAGACCGUGAUGGAUUUAUAUCUGCCAGGGAGUUCACAUACAAGCAUGACGAGCUGUAGAGAAGCCUGGCAGAAUUUUCCAUGAAGCAACUUAGUGUCAAGUUUUGUGUAACAUUUUUGAUUCAGUGUUUGGCGCUGACAGUUUCUAAUGGAACAGAAGAAACACUUUUUUUCUUUUCUUUUUUUUUCAUAUUCAAAAGAUUGUCUGAUGAUCCAAACUGUUUUAACUAUUUUUAGGUAUUGAAAUUAAGCCUUUUUGUGCAGCAGUUGAAAAGGUUUAUGCAGUAAUAGUGGUUUUCGUUGUGCGAACCCUUAUUUUGUAUUAACUUAUUUUGCAAUUAUGAAACAAAAAUUUGCCAUAUAACAAACUUUCUAAAAUGAAAAUCCAGUCCUUUAUCUGCCUUGCAUUUCCUUCUUCUGUGCUAUAUAUAUAAUAUUUCAGGUGACUCUCUCUCUCUCUCUCUCUCUCUCUCUCU